GUCCGCUUGGCAACCACUCGAAAACAAAGAUGGCGGAUUGAUCACUUGGAAUUCUGUAAACUGCAACAUGGCCAAAUAAAGUUUUCCUUACUGACUUCUUGCAUAGAAUGGCAACGUUAUUGAACACUACCACAUCUAAAGGAGCAGGGAACUACAUCGGUGAAACCAAAAAGCAGCUAAGAGACGGGUUUGGAGUAUACAAUUAUCCCAACAAGUUCUUUAGAUAUGAGGGGGAAUGGAGCAAAGGGAAGAAACAUGGCCAUGGUAAGCUUGUGAUGGCUGAUGGCAGCUUCUAUGAAGGACAGUUCAUUGUCGGGGAGAUCCAGGGGCAUGGAUUCCGCCGCUGGGCUUUUACAGGGAAUGAAUAUACUGGACAGUUUGUUAAAGGUGAACUGAAUGGCUAUGGAGUCAUGGUGUAUGGUGAUGGAUCGCGAUAUGAAGGAGAAUGGGUAGAAAAUCGGCGUGAAGGAGAGGGUAAACUGACCAAUAAAGAUGGAUCUAUCUAUGAGGGAUUUUUUCACAACCACAGAAGGCAUGGUGAAGGAAAUUGGAUUUUAAGCAAUGGUGAUGUUUAUGAAGGAGACUGGGUCAAUGAUUUGCGCCAAGGACAUGGAGUCAUGAAAUUUGUGGAUGGAACUAUUUAUGGGGGUCAGUGGUGGGGGGAUGUUUUCAAUGGUGAAGGAUCCAUGUUUCACAAUUCUGGUGUCUCCUAUGAAGGAAUGUGGGUUAACGGCAGGCCUGAAGUGGAGACAGUGCAGAUCCGUAUAAUUGGAGAUGAUCAUGUAGAGUUCAUGCAAGGAAGACCAUUUGGGUUUGAAGUUGAGUGUGUCACAGCUGAUGGGGAACCAACAAAUGAGGAUGGACGGUUGUUGCAGGUUACAGCUGGGAUAAAAAUUACAUCUGGAAGAAAAUCAGCUGGUGGUACUGAAAGUGACUUUGAUACCCUUAUGACACCAUUCGGUUUUGAAAUAGACCCGUACCCCUUAACAGAAAUGCUUGGAGAGAUGACAUCAAAUGAGUCCAUAUUACCAGGAGCUACCUCACAAGCCCCAAGUGUUAUGUCAAACAGGCCUGCCCAAGCAUCACCACCAACUGCAGAGGAACUUUCCAAACCCUUGGAGAGUAUACAAGUGACCGACAUGUCUGAUGUUGGAUAUAAAGAAAGCUCAUUUGUGGAGACUCGUGGGGAAUUGCCAACCAGAACAGGGGCACCAUCACAGGCCAGCACCAUGAUGCCAACAAAUACGACCACUCAAGCAGAUGUUUCAUCUGAUCCUAGUGUACUUAUGGUUCCCCCUGCAGCAGUCCUCCCUCCUCCUGUUUCUCCCGUGCGUACUACAGCAGGGAAAGCAUUGCUUGAAAAUCUCUACAUUCCACUCCUCCCCUCUGGGGUGAAACCCGUAAACAGUUUCGUGUCUCUACAGACAUCCCCGCCGUCUGAAAUGCAAGAGGACCCAAAACUCGCAAAUACGAAAUCAAAGGACAAGCGCAGUCCUUUACUGAACGCGAACUUGCUGAAAGUUGUCAAUCGUAGUGUUCCGUCGCCGGACGGAAGGAAGAAGAAAGAUGCUUUAGCUGAUGUGGUGGAAAAAGUAGAAGGGAAAAGGAAGAAAGAAAAGAAAGAAGAAAAAGAUGACAAGUUUUGUAAACCGGGGGACUAUGUUAUAAUCGUUGAGGACGUAACAUCGCCACCAUUCCUCGGCGUCACCUUGACACCCGCGUUUCUUCACGUCAAAGUGACCCAGAAGAAAAGAGCCCAAAGUAAAAAGGAAUCAAGGAGAAACUAAAACGAAAAGUUUGGAAUUUUAUUUUGUAGGAAGGUUUUAACUUAUUGAAUUUUAAACCUGCCAUCCUUACGAUUGUGUGGAUCACAGAAAGUGGAUCUGAAAAUUUUGAGAACGGUGUGGGGCGAGGGUGAAAAAAAAAAAAAGUUGGGAUGGGAACUCUUUUUGGAGGGGUUGGAAAGGGCUCCCUCCCCCUCCUCGUGCCUUUGAUUCCCACACCCCCCCACCCCCCUUUGUAUAUCGAACAGUUCAUUUACAACUGAAAUCGUUUAUCUUGCUACUCAUCGUUUCGGGCAAGACGGUCUCAAAAAUUUUUUCUUACGGAAUAAUUGAAAAUGGCUCUUUGGAAGCUGCCUACAAAGAUUCCAGAGUGCGUCAGUAGUUUUUCCUGAACAGUCAUUAUGUCUACUUGGAUUAUUAUACUCCAAGCAGAUCGUCGUUAACUCUUCAGCCUGAGUAUCAAAAACCGGAGAAACGUUCCCAGGCCACACCACAGUACAGUCUGGUGUUAACAGUGCGCAUAUUUUUCAUUCUGUUCUCCUUAAACCUCCUAUGGUACUGACAUUGAGAAUUUGUUUAACAAUCAAGAGCUUCUUUAGUUGGUGAUCAUUUCCUUUAUUCUCUUGACCUUAAUGUGUGAUUUUGGGGUGAUAUUGUAAGGAGA